AUUGCCGUCAUCCGCAACAUCAUGCGUGGUCUGUCGUUGAAGAAGGAGGAUGAUGUUGUUGUAAAUCUCGUGAACACACGUAGUCAGGUGAGCCAUGGAGCUUCAGCUGUGUUAAACUGUGAACUCUCACGAAAUGAAUUUUGCACUGUGGUGGUUUUUGUGGACAUUUUUCUGCCGUCGUUGUGACCGCACCGCUCGGGCAUUACCUGAGAUGGACAUUAUUGAGCUCAAUGUUUCGGUUCAUCUGCCGGGGCUCCCGGAAAGUGAGAUUCGUGCUGUAGCCACAAGGCUGUUUGACCUUGGUGUGGAAACACCUGAAGAUUUCAAGUUCGUACAUGAGCAGGACCUGCAGGGAGUAUUACGACCAAUACAAGCGCGAAGGUUUUUGUCUGCAGUUAAAACAUCAGGCAUAGCAUUUGUUUUUUGUAGAAAUCAUGCCAUUCAUUUUACCUUGCAGGACAUGCAGGAGUAAGUUUUUCAAUUUUUUCAUUUCACCUUUGUUGCUUUUCGUUCCUUCUCCCAGUUUUUACGCCGUUUUUGUGUUGAGAAAUGCAUGAUUUGCUCAAUGCACCAGCUGACUUCUUUGUCUAUUCUGUUCUUUAUGGGGAAGGGGAGGUUAGUUAUCCUGGAGGAGGCUUGCUAUCCCAAAUUUACUUCUUGCGGCUUUGGUAAUGUUGAAAGUAUCGUGGCUAUGAAGGCAUAUUACAUAGGAUGUAGAACAAUGGGAGCGACUGUUGUGGAGGGUUACCUGAUCAUUUUCCUCUCUUGUGCAGAUGACAACUCUGUGCAUCAGCACGAAUCUCCUACCAACAGUACACAGUCAUCUCUAUCAUCGUCUGCUUCUCUUGUUGAGGAGGAGCAACCGCAUGUCUUCUCAGUUCCUCCCCAAAGAAGCGAGUCAACGGCUUCAUCUUCCAACACUGACCCCAACUGGGCAUCCAAAUUCCAAGUACCUUGGAAAAGCAUGCCUCCAGCUCUGACAAAAGCGUUGAGCAAGAAGGAACGACCCACUAGCAAGCUGAGGCGAGAAAUGGUCCGCAUGAUAACUGACCACGCAAUGAAGACCUGUGACAGUCCUUUGCGAAAGCAUUUAGCAAUAAUUUCUCGAGAUAUUGUGUCUCAGUACCCGUCCUCCUUCCAAGACUCUUUUGAGGGCACAGUGGUGGGCACCGGGUAUGAUUCUCUUUUGAAUCAACUUGUCUUCAGAACAGAAAACUGUGUCCGUUCAAGUCGGAACUGUGGCACUUUUCGAGCAGGAGGACUUCAUAGGGAUUGCAGUAGGUAUGGUUGCACCAGUCGACAGUCAGAUGACAUCGACGAAGAAGUCAUGACAGAGAAGAAAGAAUCUUUGAAAUCUUUGUUUGUAUCAAACGAAGGCCAACGAGACAUUGUAGUUGAGGAAAUGAAACUGACCUACCCGUUGCAAUGGAAAAUGGUCAAUUCCAGUAUGACAACACGUGAACUACUGAAAGAGUGGCCAUAUCUUUUUGAGCCUGAUGGGCUGUUCGUUCACUUCAAAGAACUCGUUGAGGGUGAUGUCGCCCAAGUCCUCCCAACGGCGUUCAGGGAAAAGGGAACAACGUUAUAAAGUUUGCAAAGCAAGACAGCGAAAUGACGGACACAGUCACCGAAAUUUUUGAAGCGUUGGAAAAAGCACCAGGAUCAGAGCCACAAAAUGAGGCAGUUGCAGUGACAUUUCUUCUCCUGCACCUCCUGAAAGAACCUCAAGAUGCUGUCAUUCUGGCUCGUGAGGAGUUCUCCACAGUACGUGAUAUUGAGAACUCGUUGCUUCCAGUCACGCCUCGGAUUAUUGCGCUCGGUGAUUCGCCAUGGGCCGACUCCUUCAUGAUAACUGUAGACCACACAGUUGUUGUAGACCACGUGCCACAUUUUAUAACUGCAGCUGGUGUCGGACAUUUCUUGGCAUAAAUCCCGAUAGAGGCUCUAGGGCACAAAAGCGUCAAAAAACACCCGUCAACAAAAAAGUGCUCCGUCUAGUAGACAAGCUUUCAACCUUCGAAUGGAACGUAUAGGGUUCCAAGAUGUACGUGAACUACUACAGCCGACCUUACGUCAACAAGUCAUGGGUGCACAUGUUCCUUGUUAUGAUGUUCAUUUGACAAACGAAACAAAACAAAAACGUGUUUUGAUGUCAGAGCGUGAUUGAUGGGUGCACAUGGCUCCUUCUUGUGCUGUUCUUUUGAAAAAUAAAACUUGUUUAGAUGUCAGAGCUUGAUUGAUGGGUGCACAUGGCUCCUUCUUGUGCUGUUCUUUUGAAAAAUAAAACUUGUUUAGAUGUCAGAGCUUGAUUGAUGGGUGCACAUGGCUCCUUCUUGUGCUCUUCUUUUGAAAAAUAAAACUUGUUUAGAUGUCAGAGCUUGAUUGAUGGGUGCACAUGGCUCCUUCUUGUGCUGUUCUUUUGAAAAAUAAAACUCGUUUAGAUGUCUGAGCUUGAUUGAUGAGUGCACAUGGCUCCUUCUUGUGCUCUUCUUUUGAAAAAUAAAACUGCUAUAGACACUGCGUCAUAUGCUCUGGAAUGACAUGAAUGUGGCACCGUGCCUCGCAAACAGGUGAAAGCGCUUCAUCACCUUCAGAAGAAGGUAUCACCAGGGUGUGGAGCCAAUCAUUAAUAGUAAAGCUUUGUACCACAGUACAACUAAACAGUUUUAAUAUUUUCUUAUUCAUUGUAAUGCCUAUUUCUUAGGUGUACUUUACUGUGUGCCACAGUAAACACUUAGUAACUGCAACAGCCAGUAUCCAGCACCACUUGUUUGAGCAAAGCAGUAAUUCGACUAGUGGACUGCACUUACAACAGAGUGAAUAUCCCUGUGCACCAUGGUGUGUUUGAGUUGACCAUAGCUUUCAGCUAAUGUUACGUUUGACUGAAACAGCAUUCACUGUAUAAUGCUCAAAUCUGAGGUAUUGAUUUUGAACUUGCACGUUAGUUACACCUCAGUCAUAGCUAUUGCAUAUCUCUGACAUUAGUACUGUUGUGGAACUGUUACUUACUUGUACAAUAAUACAAAUCUUGAUUAUUACUGCCUACUCCUGCCAGAGGUGACAAGAUGUAAUUAUGUAAGCAAGAAAACAAAUGUAAGUAAUUAUUUUCUUGACAGGCAUCGUGCGUGUACACGACCUCAUUCUUGCUCCAAGAUUGCUUUCGUCUGUCCUGUUACUCAAAGGCCAUACCACUUUUUGCAUAUGAAAUAAAUUGUAAUGUACCACA